UCCUCUGAUCAAGUUUGUUGAGCCUCCCUUGAACCUGUUUUGUUCAGAGCGUUUUUGGGAAACAGGGCAACAUGGAUAUCGAUUGGGUUGAUUUCCUCAAAGGUAUGGUGAAACCGCUUAUGGCCACUGCAGUAGUUUUAAUGGCCGUGGUUCUGUCGAUGGUUCAGAAGCUUGGGUUGGCUACGGAAAUGGUCUAUUCAAUUGUUAGGGCUUUUAUUCAGUUGUCUGUGAUCGGAUUCGUGCUUCAGUUCAUUUUCAAUCAGAAGAAUGGUGGUUGGAUUAUCGCAGCUUACUUGUUCAUGGUCUCUGUUGCUGGUUACACUGCAGGCCAACGUGCAAAACACGUUCCACGUGGGAAGUUCAUUGCUGGUGCAUCCAUUCUUGUUGGAACGGCAAUUACCAUGUUCUUGCUUAUUGUGCUGAAUGUUUUCCCUUUCACACCACGGUACAUCAUCCCUGUUGCAGGCAUGAUGGUUGGUAAUUCCAUGACCGUAACUGGUGUAACAAUGAAGCGACUCCGAGAUGACAUCAGGAUCCAAAAGAACCUGGUGGAAACAGCAUUGGCCCUUGGAGCAACCCCACGACAAGCUACACAUCAGCAAGUAAAGAGGGCUUUGAUUCUUGCACUCUCUCCUGUUUUAGACAAUGCAAAGACUGUGGGCCUGAUCUCACUUCCUGGUGCAAUGACUGGUCUUAUAAUGGGGGGAGCUUCCCCUUUGGAGGCCAUUCAGUUGCAGAUUGUGGUGAUGAACAUGCUCAUUGGGGCAUCAACUGUCAGUAGCAUUAUGUCGACAUACCUCUGUUGGCCCACCUUCUUCUCCAAAACAUACCAGUUGGAGUCUAAGGUCUUCAAUGCAGAGUAGCCUCUGUUUUUUUCCUGCAACUUGCUCCUAACUAUGACCAUAUGCAUUGUGAUUUGUGAUCUGUACUAGUAGCACAUGGAAUGGUGGAGGGAAGACAUUCUUCAUGUCUGCUGAGCUUUUUUUGUACAUUAGAGGCAGGUGUGUUGGCUUCUCAAAUUGAAUAACAAUGUUAUGGCUCGUUUUGUAGUCA